UAGAAGUUCUACCCUCUGGGUGGAGUAUAUCCGAAACUAUGAAAGCAUGGCUAACAGAACUGCCAAAGAUGCCAAGUCCAUCAAAGGCACCAACCCACAGUACCUUGUUGAGAAGAUCAUAAGAACUAGGAUCUAUGACUGCAAGUACUGGAAGGAGGACUGCUUUGGUCUCACGGCUGAGUUGCUUGUGGAUCGUGCACUGGAGCUUGACCACAUCGGAGGGAUAUUUAGUGCCAAUAUUAAGCCCACCCCCUUCCUGUGUCUCAUUCUGAAGAUGUUGCAGAUCCAACCAAGCAAGGACAUCAUCAUCGAGUUCAUCAAGAUGCCAGACUAUAAGUAUGUGCGUGCCCUUGGUGCCUUCUACCUGAGGCUGACAGGGGAUACUAUGGAGUGCUACAACUACUUGGAGCCUCUCUACAAUGACUACAGGAAACUGAAAAGAAUGAACAAGAAUGGAGAGUUAGAGCUCUUACAUAUUGACGAGUUCGUUGAUGAGCUGCUCAACCAGGACAGAGCGUGUGAUGUCAUCCUGCCUAGGAUUCAAAAGAGACACAUUCUCGAGCAAUUGGAGCAGCUGGAGCCGAGGGUGAGUGCUCUGGACGAGGACCUCUCUGGUGGGGAGUCUGACGAGGAGGAGGAGGAUGUGAGGGGCAGACACUCCCCCAGCCCCACUGACAGGAGACACUCGUCUCCAUCACAUAAGAGACGGAGCAGAUCUCCACAGGACAGUAAGAGAAGGCACAGUCGCUCACGUUCCCGUUCUCCACGUCGCCAUCGCUCUCGUUCCCAUUCCCCACGCCGUCAUCGCUCUCGUUCCCAUUCCCCACGUCGUCACCACUCUCCUUCAUCAGACCAUCCCAGGCGCAAGAGGAGCCAUUCACCCUCACCCUCGCGCCAUCGUCACUCCAAGCACUCCAGUCACAAGUCUCGCAGCGACAAAGAUGGUCAUAAGACUGAGAAGAAGGACAAAGAAAAGAAAAGUAAGAGCGGAAGCAAGAGAAGCACUGAAGAGACAGAAGAGAUUAGACAGGCCAACGAACUUAGAGCCAAACUCGGAAUGAAACCUCUUAAAGUCUAGUUUUCUCUUUAUUGUUAUAAUGGUUACAUUCCUGAGCCAUAAACUUU